CUCCCCUGCACCCGCAGCUGGCUCUGUCUGCAGCAGCACCGCGGAACGCCAGGCAGCGCCUGCUCGCCUCUCUCUCUCGCAGCGGCUGUGCCCUUGCCAGAUCCGUGCGCCUUGGUAGCCGGCCGCUGCCUGCGCCCUCGCGCCCGCAACCUUGCGCAGCGCACAGUCGCCGGCACUCGCAGUCCAUCCACCUCGCGUCUCGCUAGCACACCUCUCGCAUUGUCCCUCUAAUGGCGCAGUCCGCUGGCUACCCGUCGUCCUCGGCGUUCGCGCACGACGAGAACGGAGCUGCGCGCAACGGCGCGGGCCGAGGCAGCGCGGCCGUCAGUGCCAGCAGCUCGGCACACACGCUCUCGGGUGCGGCCGACGUGGGCCAGCAGCCGUCGCACCGCACGCACCAGCAGCACUACGAGCAGCAGGCGCAGCAGCAGUACCAGCAGCAGCCGCCGGCCGCGGCCCGCGAUCACCGCGAUGUGCUGGCGCCCAGCUACGAGCCCUCGUCGCCGGGCGGCGAGGGCAACCUGCGUGUCAACGACUACGCGGCGUCGCAGCAUCAGCAACAGGCACGGCCUCGCGGUCCGGUAGUGCCGUCGCAGACGAUGCCGCCGACCGGUCUGCGAACGCGUACCUACGGUCUGGCCAAGGAUCUGCGGGGCCCUUCGCCGGACUCGGCGCACCUGCCGUACAUCCACGGCGGCGCCAAUGCGCAGGGCGGCAGCGCACACGGCUCGUCCAAGGAUGCGCCGGCGCCGACGCAGCAGUCGUUCAGCGUCGAGGUGCAGGCGCCGAGCUUCGACAUGCGCGGCUACCCGAUCUUCCAGGGGCGCGGCGCGGCCAUCCGGGGCAUGCUGCGUAUGCCGGCGAGCGAGAGCUGCGAUGUGGUCAUGCGGCUCUGGGCAUACACGUCGCAAGGCUCUCCUGCUGCAGUGUGGGACGGUAUCGCGCUCAUGCCGCCGGAUCAAGGCAGCGAGCGUAAGGUGUUCGAGGUGACGGACCGUUUGUCCGCUGAGCGCGGCACGAUGAAGGCGCGGCCGGCGGCGCCGGGCGACGAGCCCUCGGCGAACUUCCCGGCGUCCGACGAGCUCAUUCUGAGCAUUCCCUUCGACGUGCGUAUGCCGCUCGGCGCCGCGACGCGCUUCGUCAAUGGCGAGAUGCAGAGCCUGGCCGUUGCGCUGCCGCCGAGCUACGAGAUGAGCAGCGAGGCAGACUCAAAGGAGCGCGAGGCGGUGCGCGGCAUCAAGGACACAUACCUCAAGAGCUCGUCUGCCACGGUGCGCACCAAGAUGACGAUGAGUAGCACCACCGUGGCGAGCAGUCUGCGCGAGGCAAUCGAGCGCGGCUUUGGCGAGGUGUACCGCAUCGGCUGCUUCUACUCGAUGAGCUUCACGCUGCAGCGCAAGGCGCCGGAAAAGGAGAAGAAGUCGCGCUUCGGCAAGAGCAAGAAGGCUGACCCGACGCCCAAGGGGGUGCUUGACUCCAUCACGGUGCCCUUCAUCUUCCUCGGCGAGCCAUCGCCCAUUCCGCCGGCGCCGUCGAUGCUGCCGGAGCUGCACCCAGACAUCCUCUUCCGCGCAAACCAGCGCCUGUCGGAUGGCUGGACGUUUGCCCAGACCUCCGCCAAGUGGAGCGGACAGCUGCUCACCUCGCUCAAGCGCGGUGUGGAGCUCGAACUCCACACACCCGGCGUGCCCGACGCCCCGCCCUGCAUCCACUCGCCGGGCGCCUUCCCGAUUCUCUUAAUUAUUCGCCCGACUGAUCCAAACCUACUUCCUGCCGCCCGAGCGCAGCCCGACUCGCCAGCCAUGAGCACGAGCGCCUCGUGGAGCUCUAAUUUCGGCUCGCCGCAGGCGUCCACAACGCACAGCCCCAAGACAUCUGUCGCGUCGAUCCGUGGCGCAAGCUCGCCAAUGUCCGCCCACGAGCAGCUUCCAGGCGGGGCACUCGACGAGGCAGGCUAUGCGCAGAACGGCGAAGGCGACGACGACGGGCCGGGCGGCAUCGUGGCGCGCAUGCGUUCCUCGCUGCACCUGUCGCGCAUGUCCACGGCGCUUGCUGGCUCGGCUAGCACCGCCACUAUCGCCACGCACCAGUCCGGCGCGACUGGCGACAGCGGCGGCUCCGGCGGCACUCAGCGCAGCAUCGUCCACAAGCGCUCGCGCCCCAGCCUGGCCAGCACGUUCGGGCGGCGGCGUCCCAAGACUGCGCCGCCGAGCUCACACGGCUCCACGUCGCCGCCCGGCUCUGUGGCAGGCACCGUUGUGCCAGAGCGCGGCGAUGGCCUCGACUUGACGCGACUGGUGCGCAUCUCGCUCCUGCAGACAACCUACUGCACCUCGACCGGCCCGUCGGACAUGCCGCGCGUGCGUCGCCGCGUGAUCUCGCUCGCCGAGCUGGAGGAGCUGGACAUUGCCUCGAUCGUCGGGCCUCCGACAAGCCCGUCGCUGGGCGGUCAAGAGUCCACGAGCUCUGCGGCCUCACGCGCCGUGCUCGAGCACGCACAGGGCUCCGGCGUGCGCCUGCUGCGCGGCAUGGUCCGCGUCGGCAGAGACCUGACGCCGGGCUUCCGCUGCCAAGGCAUCGAGGUCAAGUAUGCCCUCAAGGUCGACCUGCUGCCCUUCUCGCCGCGCCAAGCCAGACGGCGGCCAGCGAGCGGCGGCGGCGCCAACCGUGGCGGGCCGUCGAUCUCCGAGGCGCUGCGCAGCAUCAACGAGGACUCGCGCAGCGGCUCGCACCGUGCGUCUGGCUAUGCCGAGUCGGCCGCCGGCUUCAGCACGUCGGGCAGCGGCAACUUCGGCGAGCCGCCGCGCACGCCGCCGAUGCCGUCGCCGAGCUAUCGCGGCAGCGUCGUCAACGCCGGCUCGCCGGGCGCACCGAGCUAUCGCGGCGGCUCGCCAGGCACGGCGCUCGGCAGCCCAGUGAUGGGCAGCGAUGCACGCUCAUUUGCCGGCGGCGCAGGCCCGAUGAGUGUCGUAGGCGGCACGGUGUACGAUGAGGACGGCAGCGUGGCGGGCAAGAUCGACAAGACGGUCGGCUCGCUCUGGGUCGAUGUGCGCCUGCUGCGCUCGAGCAUGGGCUAGCCACUGGCGCUCUCGAGCGAGCUACGGCAUGCGCUGCGCUGCAGAGACGAGCGCGACCUUUCAGCUUACUGACCUCGGCGAGGGCCUCCCAUUCUAGGCGCGGGCCACCCCUAACCUGCUGAUGAAGCAUGCUCCGCUGCACGUAAUUCAUAAGGCUACCCCGCUAGUGCUAGCCG